AUGGCUCAAGAAAAGGAUAUGUGGUCUUCCAAGGUGCAUUUCCCCACUUCUUUGGCCUACCAGAACUCGGCGUCUUUUGUGCCCAAGCUUGCGACAAAAGUGAUUGGAUGGCUGGAUCUCCAAAAAGACGAUGUCCUCCUCGAUAUUGGUUGUGGCGGCAGUGGUUCGAUGCACGGCGUUGAUAGCUCGCCUAGCAUGAUCGAGGCUGCUCGAGAGCUCUGCAAGGAUGCCAAGAACUCUACCUUUGAGACUAUCGAUGCCACUCAGCUCGUCUCUAAACCAGAGCUCCAGCAAGGAACUUUCACCAAAGCCUUCUCCAACGCAGCCAUGCACUGGAUCCUGCGGCCAGAGGACACCAGGGCCCAGUUCUUCAAGGGCGUGUAUGCUGCUCUCGCACCAGGUGGUACCUUUGUGUUCGAGAUGGGCGGUCUCGGAAACGUCUCUGAGAUGCGGACAGCAGCCCUUGGCGCCGUGGCUCGCCGCGUCGGAAUGAAAGCUGCACUGGCCGCCGACCCUUGGUUCUUCCCAGACGAGACCUGGGCGACAAAGUUCUUGGAGGAUGCAGGCUUUGUGGUUGAGCGGGCCGAGCGUGAGUGGCGGCCUACACCCGCUGAUAAGGGUGGUGUGGAGGGCUGGAUACGUCUGAUGGUAAGCAAACUACUGGAUGCUGUUCCAGGGGAAGUGGAGAGAGAAGCAGCGGUACAAGAGUGUAUAGAGGUACUGCGUGAAGUUUGCCGGAACCCCGGAGGAGGAGAGAUGAUUUCCUAUGUUAGACUGAGGGCGAUGGCUAGGAAGCCGGAAUGA